AAUAGAACUUUAUUUGUUGUGAUUUAGAUAUGUUUACAUAAUUUUAUUCUUAGCAAUCCGCUAGAAUUAACAAGCAAGAUAGAAUAUUACUACAUUUUUAUUUUAUCUCUUGCUUUAAGUCCUAAUCAAUGUCACUAACAAAUUAAAAUUUAUUUGAGGUUAUGUUUAAUCUUUAUUUACAACUGUUGAUUUAAGGAUCUCUCUAAUUGCUUUAUUACUGUUUAACAAGAAGGCUUCUAGAGAUUUGGACAAGAUCUCAAAGGUAAAAAAUUAAGGUAUAUAGUAGGCCUAUAAAUACAACAAAACGAGUGAUAAUGAUUGUUUAUGAAAAAACAUGGAUACCUCGAGUAUUGAUGUUACAAGUUUAAAGCAAGAACCAAGACUUAACCCAGCGGUUAGUUUCUCAAAUGAAUGCAAUGAAGUGAAAAUUGACGAGGAAGAUUUAGAAGAGGAAGAUGACAUUCAAAUCUCUUUGGCACCGUACAUUCAGGUGUAUCUUGCUCACAGCAGCCAACGAGUGCAAUGUUGUGGCUUGUCCUUUCCAAUACCCUUCGAGCGUGCUUCGGCCCGAUCCUGGUGGGAUCCAAGAUUUGACUCAGAAAUACUAGAAAAGCAGUAUAAACUCAGUGCUUUCCCACAAAUCAGACUCAGAUUCAGAUAUUCCUUGCUGUACGUCUUUGUCGUUUCGUUGUUCUGGUGUGUGUACUUGGCGGUCAAAGCCGUUUAUGAAGAGGGGAGAACAGAGUCAUUCACAGUUGCUCUUAUUUUCGGAUCCUUCUCGGUAUUUACAUUAUUUAUUCUUCUUCUGACGAGGUCCACCCUGUAUGCGAGGUUUCACCUGCCAGUCUCCAUUAUGACAGCCAUUGUCAUGUUUGCUCUUUCUUUACUAUCAGUCGGCACCACUUCAGUUCUAACACCUGUUGGAGAUUUUUCUUUAUGUAUCGAAAUAUUAAUGAUAAUUUAUACCGUAAUCCCCCUUCCUCUUUACAUUUGUGUCAUAUUAGGCAUAUCUUAUUCUGUAUUGUUUGAAAUUUUUAUCAGUUCCAUAUUUUCCAUGCCUGUCAGAAUUCUGUGUCAUAUAUGUGUUCAUCUGAUUGGUAUCCAUAUUUUGGUCAUGACUAAUGUGCGUAUGCGAGGGACUUUCAUGAAAGUGGGCCAGUCACUUCUGGUUCGUAGACAACUAGAGAUGGAGAAACAACUCAAAGAGAAAAUGAUCCAUUCAGUCAUGCCGCCAAAGGUUGCAGACUGGUUGAUGUCUGAGGGUGUUAAGAGUGGCAAUGAAGACGAAAUGCAAAAUGUCAGGGAGGGAGACAUAAAAUCAAUAUUUCGCCCGUUCAACAUGCACAGAAUGGAGGAUGUCAGCAUUCUCUUUGCAGAUAUAGUCGGGUUUACGAAGAUGAGUUCGACAAAGACUGCUGAACAGUUGGUGGCCAUCUUGAACGAUCUGUUUGAGCGGUUUGACGAGCUCUGUACAGCUAACGGAUGCGAGAAGAUCUCUACGCUGGGAGACUGUUACUACUGUGUGUCUGGUUGUCCAGAGCCGAGAGACGACCAUGCACAGUGCUGUGUGGAGAUGGGCCUGGGUAUGAUAGAGGCCAUUGGUCAGUUUGAAGAGAAGAGUAGAGAGGGUGUCAACAUGCGCGUGGGUGUCCACACUGGCACUGUGCUCUGUGGCAUCGUAGGCACCAAGAGGGUGAAGUUUGACGUGUGGUCUAAUGACGUGACCCUAGCCAACAAGAUGGAGUCUACUGGCAAGCCAGGCAUGGUACACCUCUCCGCCAAGACCAAGGAGUACCUCAGUGACAAGUACAUCCUGGAAGAGGGCGAUGUUUACCAAGGACUUAACACAUACUUUGUAAAAGGGCGAAAGUUCAAGAAAGAGACAGUUAAAAGCCUGACAGUGCCUUCUAUACAGACUAAUCACUCAUCCCCUGGUCAGCCACGGAGAUCUUCUAUCUCUCUCGCCACCGCCAUCUCAAUCCACAUCAAUCAGACAGCAGCUCUAGAGGAGGCGUUGGCUGGAUCUCAGACUCUCUCUCUUCGCACGCCCUCCCCUCCCUCGCCUCUCCCCUCCCCUACAGAUCAGUACACAGUGUUCCCCUUCCCCUGUGGCAAACACAGCUUGUCUCCUCCCGCCGAAUUAGUCGCUGGAUCGUUUCCUUCACCAAUAUCAAGGUCACGAUCCCCGAUCCUGCGUGUGCUGCACCCGUGGAAGGCCACAUCUCUGCCCAGUAUCCUGGAUACAGAAGGGGCUGACCAUCCGGACGUGGUGCCCACCCGGGAACAGUACUCCAUCACCCGGAGAGGCCCCUCGUUGCAGGGCAGAAGGAAGCCGAGCCCUAAGUGGAUGUACAAUAAAGUGCCAACCUCCGUAUCUCAAGAUGGCCAAGACACAAGUCAGGAACCACUGCCGGAGUCGCCAAAACCAAUGGAUAAAAUCCACUCUGUGAUCGGAAGAGAUGACCAGACCAGUAUUUGCUACUCAGUGAACAGCCGUAAGGACUCUGGGAUCCGUAGUAACAGUCGGAAAAGCAGCAUUCAGCAAAUGUUUACAUCAACCAACGGAGCAACGCAGAAUGACUUGCUUGCUCACAGGGUCAGCGGAUAUUACACUUCUAGUCAGUCAUCGGUUAACGAAGAUCCUUUGAAAAGUGGUAGACUGCUGAGUCCGGUCGGAGAUCAGUAUGGACUUUGUUUCCAGAAACUGAGAAAACAGUCAGACCUUCAGCUAAUAAGAUGUGUUCAGGAUAACACGACAUCCCAACGCAGCUACUUCGUGAAGCCUCCACUGCACAGCGUAACUCUGUUCUUCCGUCAGCAAGACAUGGAGGCUGAGUAUAGGCUGAAGGCUCACCGCUCGUGUGAAGAGGAGGCGUCGACACUCGCCACCGCACGCUUUAACACUCACCUCGACAUUGCCAUUGCUAUUCUAGUGUUUCUGCUGUUAACAAUAUCAUGCCUCUCUUUGUUUGAAAUGCCAACAACGUUGUUCCCUUUUUUCCUUCUUCUCACCGGCAUUCAGAGUUUAGCCUUAAUCUUGUGCCUGCGUUCAGUAUUUUGGCCUGAGCUCAACUCGGGCCUGGAUCGUUUUUCAGACUGGUAUUCGUGGCACAUCAUCGGAGGUGUGUUAGUCAGUCUGCCGAUGAUUGUAAUUUUCAUUUGUACAAACGAGGGUUUGAGGAGUAUAGAAAGCAUUUAUUACUUCACGUCGUUAUUUUUCAUCGGUAUCAUUCACUUUUGUAACUUUACCCAACUCAACUGUUGGAUGAAAAGCUCAAUAGCAACAAUAGCAGGGUUAAGUUAUUUAAUAGUCAUUUCAUUACAUUUACAAUCGGCUUAUGACGGUGAGGUCGUGGCCGAUGUUACUAGUCAGAAUAGUAGUUCUGUGCCUUUUCCGAAUUUGAAGGAUCUCAUGUCGUAUACCUCCAAGGUCUCGUUUAGUAAUAAUUCUUCGCCAGUGCCAUAUCUCAAUCUUAACGACACACUCGAUGCGUUCAACGCCUCUUCACAGAAUAGGGCAGAUGAACAGAACGUAAUCAACUAUGAGAUAUAUUUGGACGUGUUGCUAAUCCUUCUGCUAGUCUGGUUUUUAAACCGAGAGUUUGAAAUCAGCUACAGGCUUAGUUUCCACGGCAACAUGGUAGCUGCCCGAGACAAGGCCAAGGUGCAGACGAUGAAGGACCAGGCGGAGAUGCUGUUGCACAACAUCAUACCUGAACAUGUGGCUGAACAUCUCAAGACCACGGCCAAAUACUCUGAGAACGUUCACAACGCUGGCAUUAUCUUUGCAAGCAUAAUCAACUUCUCAGAAAUGUAUGACGAGUCUUAUCUGGGUGGACGUGAAUGUCUCCGAGUUCUAAAUGAACUUAUGAGUGACUUUGAUGAGUUGCUUGGACAGCCAGAGUUUGCGUCGGUUGAGAAGAUCAAGACUAUCGGCAGCACAUACAUGGCUGCCUCAGGACUCAACCCUAGUCUGUCCGACCCCUCACAUCUUCACACCCUCGUGGAGUUUGCCCUGCGCCUACAGGCCGUGGUGGACGCAUUCAACAAAGAUCUGCUCGAGUUUAAUCUCAUCCUCAGGAUCGGCUACAGUUUUGGAGACAUAACAGCUGGAGUUAUCGGAACCACAAAGCUGUACUAUGACAUCUGGGGCGACGCGGUGAACAUCGCAAGUCGCAUGGACUCAACCGGUGUACCGGGCCGGAUACAGCUGCCGGCUCACUGUGUGCCGACACUGCAGGACCGGUACGAGUUUGAGAAGCGAGGACAAAUCUACGUCAAGGGAAAGGAUGACAUGGUAGUGUAUUUGCUGGUCAACAAGAAGUCUGUCGGCUGAGGAUUAUCAGGGUAUUGUAAACAUAAAUACCACAUUCUCCGUGCAGUACGGAGGGCCCAUAAGCCAUGAUUUUCAAAUGGUAGUUUCGGCAAAACUAGGAGAUCGAAAAACAUCAAAACCUUCUAAACACUCCUUUACUUUUAUCUUACCUUAAGCAAAUUCCCCAUAUAAAGAAUAAGCUUUUACUGUAAGUCUCGUGGUAAGACCUGGACCAGGGACCAAAUUUUUUGUUGCCCCCAGAGGCCAAAAACACCAUCCAUUCAAAUUCAUAUACAUACAUAUAUAUAUUUUUAGCAUUUACACCAAUGAGGGCUACUUUAAAUGUUGAUAAGUAAAUUAAAAUACCAAUGUAUCCUGAAAACAUUUUAUUUCUAACACUUUCGUGUGAUUCGGCCAUUCAUGCCGUGAUCACAGUGAAAAGUACUUAACCUAAUAAAUUAUAGGUAUUAUUUACAAACAGGGGCCUGUUUCAUAACAAACUACAAACUAACAAUAUUAUUAGUAAAUCAGCUGAUCACCCAACGCAAUUCUAAUAAAAACUAGCUGUUACCCACAGGCUUCACCCUUUUUGACUUCAUAAGUAUUAAUGAAACUAUUAAUUGGUUAAGUUAAGCUGAAAUAAAUACCGUACAACAGAAUACAGUAGGAAUGGGCAUAUGGGAGGGACAAUGGCUAAAGGUGUGGUGACGUCAUAUCUAUAGUGGCUAAUGUCUUCUCUUGAGGCAACACGAUUACCGUAACGAGACGAUGUGAUUCCAACGGCGUUCGUGGCUUAAUUGAUAGCGUAACGGACUAGUGUUCAGGAGGUCUCGAGUUUGAAACCCGUGGGGGACACUAACUUUUUGUCAAAGAUUUUGCUUUAUUUGAUUUUUAUCUUAUAUCU